AUGGCUUCUUUUGGCAACUUCAACGCCGCCCUCAGCAGCUUUCGGGCAGAAGCCACCAAUGCUUUGGUCAACAUCAAUCUAGAGAUCAAUUUUUCCAAGUUCGUGAAACCUCCGCCUGAGUAUGAUGCUAUAGGUCAAAAUCUCGCUCGCUCCCGGAGGGAUGAAGCACAAAACGGCGCUCGGCAUAUUCUUGCAAGGAAACUUGGACUGCUCUUCAAGAAUCAUGCUGCGCUACCUCCUACACCGAACCUCAUCAAAGCAUACGGAGAGAGAGCUUCGGAAAUCGCGAAGAGUUCCACUGCCAAUCCCCGCGGCCAGCCUUCUCAUGGGCCAUUUUCUGAAGUAAUUGGAGCCGAUGCCACUACUUUAUGGGCAGCCGCUACGUCCGGCAGACGAUCGUUGCAGUGUCAUCUAUUGGCAUGUUUUCUGGCUAGAAUGUGGGAGUCCACAGAGGCAACGUCAAUAUGGGUCGAGAUAAUAGCCAGGAGAAGAAGAGAGCUCCAAGAGCAACUUGAAGCAGAUGGUGAACUGGAUAAUGAAGUCUUGUUAGCGGCAACCAGCGAUUAUGUGCGGUCCGAUAUCCAUGACUGGGACGCCAGUGCUCGAGCUUGGCUUCGUGCUGCAGAUGGCGUUAUGAGCAAGCAACAGAUCCAACUACGGCUCAUCGUCGAUAAUCUAGACAUGCCGGUCAAUGUGAAGCCAGACACCUAUGAUAGCGUUAUCGAGGCCUGGGCUUCUUCAAUGACUCAGAUGGAGAGCUUGCUGAUGGGGGUUCCUCUGCAGGUCUACAGUGGUGAUAUCCUUAUUGGCUUACUAUCUUGGCAUAUUUACCCGGACAUGCUCUAUCUUUCCAGUAAAGAUCAGAAGAUCCAUCAAGAUGAUCCCUUGAUCAAAGGACGAGGGAUAUUGACUUUGGGUCUGGAGCCGUCUCCGAGGAGAGCAAAAGAUUGCCAGUCCGUUUACUGGGCACUACCUCUGGCUCAUUUACGAUAUUACGGGUUACCAGUGACACGCAUGGCAACCAUCCGACUGUCCGAUAAAGAUCGAUUGACGGUUGAUGAAAUGCUCUGGGCCUUUUUAUCAGCCUACAUCAUUCAAUGGGAUGACGGCAGUGUCCCAACGGCCGAAAUACUUCAGUAUAUUAGCGACGUUGCUAUUCAGCUUCAUUGGAACAUGGGGUAUGAAUCCUCGCCUAAAGAUAAAGGGCACCGUGAUGACGAGACGCAGAGGAAAUGGAAGUCAGGCAGAGAAGUCCACAAAAAGGAUUCGUGGCUGACAAUGUUUUCACGGAUUUCACUCCUCUUCAAGGACCGUUUGGAAGACCAGAGAAUAAGAAAGCUUCGGAACAUGGGUCAGAGAUAUUAUCCUGCAUCCUUUGCUCCCUUUCAGGGCAUCUUUGGGGUCGAGACAUUUCUCCGGUCAGCACGACGCACUGAGGAUAUGAUUGAGCUGCUUAGAUUGGCAGCAUCAUCCAUGGCCACCCAAUCAUCACCGUAUGAGUUUUUGAUUGUCUACAUGAAGAAAUAUUUUGAUUCGGCCACAAGACAACUUUGUUACGAGUCUGAGUUCGCCACUGCUGUUCCAGAUUAUCAGAUAACUAGGACUGGGUGGGAUGCCAAUACUCAGCGACAACAUAGGCGAUGGGUUUCAUCCCACCUUUCAAGGGAGAUCUUAAAGCACCGCCUAGAACAGGUCAAUUCCUACGGAGAGAAGGCGGUGGUUGCUGGGUCCUCUUCUUACCCCGUCUUUCUGCGCAGUCCUAAGUUAUCCCGGCCAAGAGAUGCCUCAGGGGACGGGAUUAAAUAUCGGGCUAAUCCCUCGACGCGCGAUAUGCUCACUGCUCAUUUCGGUCCCAGUAGAUCCAACCAAACUCGAUGGUAUAAAGUAGUGUACGGAGAUAUAGACGAGAUUGCGCUUUUGCGCAUGGGUUGGAUGCAGGAAGACCGACCCAAAAUCCUUCAGCCAUCCGACUCGCUCAAGGAACCAGGAUCCGGUGAGUACAAAUUCGUACUCAAGAUAUCCAAAAUCAUGAAGCUUUUCCGGCCCGAAAAUGUCAGGUUCGAAGAUUGUGCCAGAAUGCUCGACCUGAAUACCCCAAAGCACGACGUGAUUUUAGGCAUGACAUUAGUCAAUAGCCUUUACAGGUCCUUACCAAAAGCCACAGUAGAUGUUCGAGUGAUCCAGGAGGGCUUUGAAGAAGCUCACUGGAUUACUUCGAUGCUUUCACCACGAUCACCCCGAGCUGUCCGUCAAGCCAGCCAUCACCGACUGCCUGCGUAUAAUCCGCAAGAUCUCACUGAUUCCGAAUGCUUUGCUUGCAUCGCCAUGAUGGAAACCGGCUCAUAUAAUUUGCACCCAGGAGACUUGAAUAAUGUGUUUGCGUUAUGCUCAACCGAUUCACUCUACAUCUCAUCGACCCUUCUUCAUGAUCCGGCAAUAGACACAACUAACGCCCCAAUCCAGAGGCUAACAGGAAACAUCGGCCGAGCAGGAAUUGCCUUUCUUGUCCCUCCUCAGAACCCCGAAACAAAAUCAUAUGAUACAAUUGAUGAAUGGUACUGCCUUGACCACAAGGACUUCGAUGGGGUUGUAGACGACUGCUUUCAGGGUACAAGCUUGCACCUUUCGUUUUCGGAGGCGUGCCAGCCGCUCAAUGUCCAGUUUUCCGGUAACAGGGAUGUUGAGGCCUAUUUUAUUGAGGCGCUUGUCUCCGUGUAUGAUCGCGGCAAAUGGGUCUCUGAGCUUGAUAUUCUCGCAUCUUUGCGCAGCCGCCGGAUCUUGCGAGAAUAUCUACACUCCAACCCGUGCCAAUGUAGCCCAUCCCAGCCACUCGGGGCAAGGAUAAUCUCCAUUGACAACUAUGCUGAAAUGGUUGUCCCGCCAAAGGGUCCGGGUAUUGUCCGAGCCAGAGGAAACUGGCAAGCUCGGUUGGUCGCGGCCGCUAUCUGCAUAGCGAAAGGCCAUCGUGUCAUCCUGAAGUCUGAAAAGACGUGUUGGAACUGUUUUUAUAAAUUGAGCAUGAAUGGUCGUUCUGUGCAAGAAGUUUUGGAGGAGACGGAGCAAGUUGCUGUAAUGGUUUUGUAG